GCAGGCAGCUCUUUUUCUUCCGGAAUAGAAGGAAUCGAACGGGACAAAUGGAGAGCCAAACGGUUGAAGUCCCCUCGUCUCUCUCAGCGGGGAGAACGCGAAGAAGAGGAGGCUCCCUUCCCCUCGUCUCGUCGCCUCUCGUUUUGACGGGAUUUUCCGUGGGAGGAGAGCCCAAUCCUCGACCUUCUUUGAUCAUUACUUGAAAGCACGCUAAAUUCGGUCCUUAGCAGGAUUAGCAAAGAUGCCAAUAUCAAGGAUUUCUAAACAACAUUCAGCUGACCCUGGUUUCUCAAAGUCCAAUUUUUUUGACUCAGAUUCUGAUUCUGAAACAAAUUCAAAGCCUGCAAGAACUUCCUCAGUCCCAGUUAAAACAAAUCUUAAAAGCUGUCCCGGUUAUGAUUCUUCUGCUGCAAAGAACAGGUACAAGAAUGGCUUUCAUGAUUCAGGAGGGUUAGUAAACCAGUCAGUGCAAGAACUAGAAAACUAUGCUGUAUGUAAGGCUGAGGAGACUACACAGAAAGUAAAUGACUGCAUGAAGAUCGCUGAAGUAAUUAGAGAAGAUGCUUCCAGAACUCUUGAAACCUUGCAUCAGCAGGGGGAGCAGAUUGCACGGACUCAUCAAACUGCUGCUAACAUUGAUCAAGGCCUUAGCAAGAGUGAGAAGCUUUUGGGCAGUCUUGGGGGCAUUUUCUCUAAGCCUUGGAAGCCAAAGAAAACUCGCCAGAUUAAGGGGCCUGUUCCUGGAGUUACAAGAGAUGAUUCAUUCAAGAAAAAGGGAAACAAGGAACAAAGAGAAAAAUUAGGAUUAUCUUCAAGUCCUGGGGCACGGCCACGAAGUUAUUCUGAACCCUCAACUGCAAUGGAGAAAGUCCAAGUUGAGAAGCAAAAGCAGGAUGACUCCCUUUCAGAUUUAAGUGAUGUGCUGGGCCAGCUAAAGGAUAUGGCUCUUGGUAUGGGUACAGAGCUUGAGAUGCAAAACAAGGCUCUUGAUGGAUUGCAUGAUGAUGUGGAAGAGCUGAAUCACAGAAUUAAAGGAGCCAACCAACAAACUCGCAGGUUGCUCGGGAAAUAGGUCGCAAAAUUUAUAGUGGAGAUGUCAUAAGAAUAGAAGACACUGAUUUUCAGCAACUUUUAUUGACCACAGCUCUGUUAUUUCUUCCUGUAUUACCAUAGUCCCAUUAAUUACCCUGUCGAUGAUUGACAGUAAGUUGUAUAUGUUCACAUUAUAGUUCUUGUUUAUCCUCAAGUGUAUGUUUUGUGGUCCUUCCAAUGCAAUGUUGAUUUUUCCUUCAUAAGCUGUA